AGAGCUUUAAUAAAUUUUAGAUAUACGAAUAGAAAAUGGGAUACGUUACUGACAAUUUUAUUUAAAUAAAUAAACUAAUUAAGACUAAAAUUUACAAAUAUCUGAAAUUUAUCAGAGAAAAAGAAACAAACGUGUACACGUCAAUUUGCAAAUAUUGUGAAUUAAAUUAAUUCUUAUAAUGGUUUGGCCGUAAAAUGCAGCCAAACCCUUUUGUUAAUACUAUUUCUACUGCAGUAAAUAAAUCGUGGCUCGCUAUGAAAAAGAGCAUUUUUUAAUAUUUUGAAACAAUGUAGAUGUGAGUCCAUCACUAACUAUGUAAUUUGUGAAUUUUGUCUUAAAACGUUGUGAAAUGGAAUACAUUGAAGUACAAAAUUUUACAAAAACUAUUUUGGAGAAUAGAACCUCAAAUAUCACGACGACAGAAAUUGAUCUUAACUUGUUUUUAGAAGAAAUGAUGGGCGAAAAACGCCGUGAUUUAACAUCCGUUGGAUUUCUUACGUUUGUUUAUGCACUGAUAUUCAUCACAGGAAUGUCGGGAAAUAUCUGCACGUGUAUUGUGAUAACACGAAAUACAUACAUGCACACAGCCACAAAUUACUACCUUUUAAGUCUUGCUAUAUCGGACAUGCUAACGCUUAUAUUUGGUCUUCCAACAGAAUUAUACGGCAUAUGGGAAUCCUAUCCUUGGAGAUUCGGAGAAGCACUCUGUAUUUUUAAAUCAUUUUUGGCGGAAAUGACGUCAUACGCAUCAGUUCUUACAAUCACCGCAUUCACAGUUGAGCGAUAUGUGGCAAUAUGCCAUCCACUCAAAGCACAAACUCUAUCAAACUUAUCACGUGCUAUGAAAAUGGUGUUUUCCAUUUGGAUUUUAUCGUGCCUAUUUGCUUUGCCUUAUCCAAUUCAUACUCGGGUGUUUCCGUAUGUGACGUACAACGGUACGGGAAUCGAAGACUCUUUACAAUGUAAUAUUCCAUUUGAGUGGCAGGAAGGGAUGACAUAUGCUUUUCAAAUAUCAACGUUCUUAUUCUUUGUCUUUCCCAUGGCGCUCAUAACUAUUAUGUAUGGUUUAAUUGGUGCAAAGCUGCGCACAUCACAACUGGAGUCAAAGCACAAGUCAAAAACGAAGGCACGGAAAGCGGUAGUUCGGAUGUUAAUUGCUGUAGUGGUUGCCUUUUUCGUGCAGUGGGCACCUUUUCAUGCACAGCGUCUAAUCACGUCGUACGUUCCGACUGACAUGUGGACUCCAACACUGAUACGAUUUCAGUCAGACCUCUUCUACGUAUCCGGGGUCCUUUACUUCUGCAAUUCGACUAUCAACCCAAUCCUAUAUAAUUUAAUGUCCAAGAAGUUCCGAUUGGCUUUUAAAAGAACACUAUGUCGCUGUUGCUAUACGUCGGAAGAAUUGCUGGAGCUUAAUGGAAAGUCAAAGUCAAUUUAUUGUUCCGAUAGAACGGCUGUUAAUUCUAUAAGACGAAAUGCGAACAACAUUUCAAAACUGACGUUUCUCGAUCUAAACGGCAUGAAGAACGUCAGUGGGUUGCUACACCCGGACAAUAUACGUGAUCAGACAUAUAAGAACGGCAGACGACCACAGAAGUGUCCCUGCUACCAAUCACAUUCUUCUGGACGCUUGAACGAGGUUUACAGUGAUACAGAUCGUAUUCCUGUUGAACAAUGUAAUGGAUUUGGACCUCGGGCUGCGGGACUCAGAUACCAAAAUUCUACCAACAGCAGUCUUGUUAGUUUCUGUGAACUUGAAUCAGAUUCUGUCUUGGAAAUGAAAUCAUUAUCAACUUGCAGCAGCUCAAAUUUACUGAACACGAAGCUGAUUUCAGCGCCGCUUUACAAUCUUGCUAGUAGACAAGCUUCAUUUGUUUGAGUAUAUUGUUAUUUGUUUUUAAUUCAGUGAACAUUGUUAUGUAUUUAUGCGCCAGAGGUGAAUAAAUAAAUAUUGAGCAA